AUGAGAGAUCCAACCGCAGAUAUGGAAGAAUCCUCACAGCAGCCCGCGACGAACGGGGACGAGCCCCGCCGUCCCACGAGAUCUGUUCGCGUCGCAUUCGGACCCGAGCUGGAAACGACUAUCCCCGCACGCGAUCGCUCUCCAGCCCCAAUGAGUGGUCAUCAUCGAUCAUUCACUUCGGUUGAGCAAAUGUCUUCAUCGCUGGCUCAGCCCUCGCGCCCAACAAGCUCCGGGGGAGAAAAUGCGGGGAAUUCACAAGCAGAGCUACCCCGGCGUCCAUCCGCGCGGGGGUCCGAGAAUGGGCGGCCAGCAAUGCUUAAACGAGCACGCAGUGACUACGGUCCCAGCACAGUUACUUUUGACAAGUCACUCGGCGAUGAGGAGGAGGACUUUGCCAUGCGUCAUGGCUGGCAGGAGGAAUACACCUCCAGCGAAUACCUCAAAAUUCUACAUUCUAAUUUCUAUAUGUACUUCACAGAGAAACGGCACGAAACGAAUGGUAUCCCUCGCGAUCCGGACGGAAGCUGGCCAACCCAGGAAUGGCGGAUGAAGGACAGACUCAAGACAGUCUCUGCAGCCCUAGCGAUUUGUCUCAACAUUGGUGUUGACCCCCCCGAUGUGGUCAAAGCAAACCCGACCUCGAAGCUUGAGUGUUGGGUCGAUCCCACCUCGACCACGGCCGGCGCGCAGAAUAAGAUCAUGGAACAGAUUGGUAAGAAGUUGCAGGAGCAGUACGAGACGCUGAGUCUGCGCACUCGGUAUAAGCAGUAUCUGGACCCAUCCGUCGAUGAAACCAAGAAAUUCUGCAUGUCUCUGCGUCGAAAUGCCAAGGACGAGCGAGUGCUGCUCCAUUACAAUGGUCACGGUGUUCCGCUGCCCACCGCAUCUGGCGAGAUCUGGGUCUUCAAUAAGAACUACACCCAGUACAUUCCGGUGCCGUUGUAUGACUUGCAGUCGUGGCUGGCAGGCCCGAGUCUUUUCGUGUUUGACGUGUCUCACGCUGGCAACAUUGUUCAUAACUUUCACAAUUUCGUGGAAAAACACGAGAAAGAGAAUGCCGAGGUCAAGAAGCGUGACCCGAAUGCCGUGGUACAGAACUACAGCGAUUGCAUUCUCUUAGCGGCGUGUCAAAAAGACGAGUCCCUUCCCACGAAUCCCGACUUGCCGGCAGAUCUCUUUACAUGUUGUCUGACGACCCCCAUCGAGAUUGCCCUGCGGUUUUUCAUUUUGCAAAACCCAUUGAAAACUGAUCUCUCCAUUGAUGAAUUCCGCGUGCCUGGUCGUCUUCAGGACCGUCGCAGCCCCUUGGGAGAGCUGAACUGGAUUUUCACCGCAAUCACGGAUACAAUCGCUUGGAACACUUUGCCUCGCGCCCUUUUCAAGAAGCUUUUCCGUCAGGAUCUGAUGGUAGCCGCCCUGUUCCGCAAUUUCUUGCUCAGUGAGCGCAUCAUGCGGACCUACAAAUGCCACCCCAUCUCUUCUCCCGAACUUCCCAAGACUCAUAAUCAUGCUCUCUGGAAAAGCUGGGACCUUGCGGUGGAGAUGGUCCUAUCGCAGUUGCCCGCUCUCAUAGAUCACGAGGAGGGACGUCGACAGUACGAAUAUCAACAUUCCCUCUUCUUCGCCGAGCAGCUUACCGCGUUCGAGGUCUAUCUGUCCUCUGGCCCGACGGAGAAGAACCCACCAGAUCAACUACCGAUCGUUUUGCAGGUUCUACUCAGUCAAGCUCACCGGUUGCGUGCUUUGAUACUCCUGAGCAAGUUCCUCGACCUGGGCCCAUGGGCUGUCCACUUGGCCCUCAGCAUCGGCAUCUUCCCAUACGUCGUAAAGUUGCUGCAGUCAGCUGCCCAGGAAUUGAAGCCUGUCAUGGUCUUCAUUUGGGCGCGCAUCAUGGCCGUAGACAACACGGUCCAGAUGGAUUUGCUAAAAGACAACGGCAUUCAUUACUUCAUCUCGAUCCUCAACCCGUCAUCUCCGAUCCCAGUGGGCAAUGCCAGCGAGCACCGUGCCAUGUGUGCCUUCAUUGUCUCACUCUUUUGCAAGAAUUACCCCCAGGGACAGAAUGUUUGCCUCUCAGGCGACUUGUUCGACUCAUGCCUGAAGCAUUUGGGUGACGUUGAGAAUCCUCUACUCCGCCAGUGGUCAUGUCUCUGCCUUAGUAUGCUUUGGCGUGAUUUCCCAGAAGCGAAGUGGAUGGGUAUUCGUUGUGCGGCAACCACGAGACUCUGUGAAUUAAACUUCGAUCCCGUGCCGGAGGUUCGCGCCGCUAUGCUUCACGCCGUCACGACAUUCCUCGGAAUCCCAGACCUGACCGAUCAAGUGGCUCAAAUAGAGGAAUCGCUGGCGAUGGCGGUCCUGCCAAUGGCCGCCGACGGGAGUGUUCUUGUCCGAAAGGAGCUUGCUGUGUUCUUCUCGACUUUCGUCAAGCGUCACCAGAACAAGUUUGUGGUAGCCGCGUAUGACGAGAUGCAAGACGAAAAGCGAUCUUUGAUCCAACGUCUUCACCGCGAAACAUCGCACGCUCCUCAGCUUGACACUGGAAAUGAUGAAACAAUCUCCGAGUCCAAGCAAAUCUCACUGUCACGGAAUACAACGUUCGGAACUGUCUGGAAGCAAGUCCUCAUUCUUUCCGUCGACCCCCACCCGGACAUCGCUCAGGAUGCCGGAGUUAUUGUUGACUUUAUCCACCUUGCUCUUCUCGAGUCGCCCAUGGCAACGCUCGCCGACAAGAUCAGAAUCGAAAUCUUGGAUCUUACAAAUCGGGUGGCCCAACGCUAUCAAGCGCAGGAAAGGACGGAAACAAAGAAGUCUGCGCCCCCCUCGACUCCCCCAUCAUCCAAUAUUGCGCCCGCCAAACAAGAAGGAUUUGUUUCGCUCAGCUUCAGACGGACUGCGAGUGUCGCUGCUUCCUUGAAGAAUCUUGCCUUCGGUGGCUCUGCGACGGACUCCUCCGAAAACUCAGGCCCACCUUCGCCCACUUCAAAGAGCCGUAUGCCUAUGACGCCCCGUGGUCGUGCCCCCCCAGAGUGGACUCGCCCUCCUGAGGUGAACGAUCACGUCGCACCGGCGAACGCGUACCAUCAAGCCCCGAUCCCUAUUUCUCGAGGUUUCCGUUCUCGGAAAUCCGAUGAAACACCCAGUAUCCCUCUCAAGAGCCGUUUUCUAGACUGGUCAACAGAGUACUUCCGCGAGCCUCAAAUGAAGCCGAAUGAGCCCGAUGAGCCUGGCAGUGCUGAUUACAAUGAGCGUCUUUGGCGAAGAGGUCGCAACGAGAAAAUCAUCUCAGAGACACAGCCUCUCAAGGUCAAGGCCGGUACAAGUCGCUGGGACAACUCGAUCACCCUUCUCUCGAACAGUAGCCAGCCGUUGAAGAUGUGUUUCCAUCAAUUUGAAGACCACCUUGCAGUCGCGGAUGACCGAGAUACCAUUGCCAUUUGGGAUUGGCAAAAUCACAAGCGACUUAACCAAUUCUCGAAUGGUAACCCCGUGGGUUCGAAGAUUAACGAAGUUCGAUAUAUCAACGAAGACGACCAAGCUCUCCUGUUGACUGGCUCGUCAGAUGGCGUUCUGAAAUUGUUCCGCCAGUACGAAUCGUCAAAGAAAAUUGAGGUCGUUACUGCUUUCCGAGCCUUGCCCGAAUUGAUCCCAAGCAACCGAAAUGCCGGUCUUGUACUCGACUGGCAGCAAGGACAGGGUAAAGCUCUCGUUGCUGGAGAUGUCAAGGUGAUUAGAGUUUGGAAUGCAGCCACUGAGGUCUGCACAAAUGAUAUCCCUGCUCGUUCCGGAUCAUGUAUUACAUCCUUGACCUCUGAUCAAGUAGCGGGUAACAUCUUUGUUGCGGGUUUCGGCGACGGUGCCGUCCGAGUCUUCGACCAGCGCCUCAAGCCAACCACCUCCAUGGUCAAAGUUUGGCGGGAGCACAAACAAUGGAUCACGAACGUUCACAUGCAGCGUGGUGGAUUGCGCGAGCUUAUCUCCGGUAGUCGAAAUGGCGAAAUCCGCCUGUGGGACCUCCGCAUGAACAGUUCUCUUUCCACCAUCUUCGCCACCAAGGAUACCCUCCGCACCUUGAGUGUUCAUGAACAUGCACCUGUCUUCAGCAUGGGCACCAACCGACACGAAGUUAAGACCUACAACGUUGAUGGUACCUACCUUUCCAGCUACGAGCCGUACUCGAGCUUCCUCCAGCACAACCGCUCCUCUCCAAUCGCUGGAACAGCUUUUCAUCCGCAUCGCACAAUGCUUGCCUGCGCGGCAUUGAAUGAUCACCAUAUCAACCUGGUUUCCUGCUAA